ACACAAUACCGUUAAAAAAGACACCAAACUGCAAAGACAGACUCAGAGACCCCAAAAAGAAAGAAAGUCCAGAGGGAGAGAGAGCCAAUCUCUAAUGGCGUCAAACACCUUCUCUCUUUCCAUAGCUGCAGUUUCUUCUUCAGCAAUUUUGUUAUCUAACACAAAGACCUCUUUUACUUGCCAACAACCCCAUGAAAGAACCUUCUUAUCAUCUUCACUAAUCGCUACAAGAACAAGUAUCUAUAAAAAAACAUCAACAACCAGGCCAGCAAGCUUGAGAAAGGGUUCUAGGGGAUUCACUUGCUCAGCUUCUUCUUCUUCUUCAGCUCUUCCAUCAGCUCUUCUUUUUGACUGUGAUGGUGUGCUUGUGGAUACUGAGAAAGACGGGCAUCGUAUCUCUUUCAAUGACACUUUCAAAGAAAGAGAACUGGGUGUCACAUGGGAUGUAGAUUUGUACGGUGAGUUGCUUAAGAUUGGAGGUGGAAAAGAAAGGAUGACAGCCUACUUUAACAAGACAGGUUGGCCAGAAAAAGCACCAAAGAGUGACGAAGAAAGAAAGGAGUUCAUAGCUUCACUUCACAAGAGAAAGACAGAGUUAUUCAUGGCCCUCAUUGAGAAAAAAUUGCUCCCUCUUCGGCCGGGUGUUGGAAAGCUGAUUGAUCAGGCUUUAGACAAAGGAGUCAAAGUUGCUGUGUGCAGCACUUCAAAUGAGAAGGCGGUAUCUGCAAUAGUAGCAUGUUUGUUGGGACCUGAACGAGCAGGAAAAAUCAAGAUAUUUGCCGGAGAUGUGGUUCCCCGAAAAAAGCCUGAUCCGGCCAUCUACAUAUUAGCAGCCAGCACUCUAGGAGUUGAUCCUUCAAGUUGUGUUGUGGUGGAGGACAGCGCCAUUGGCCUUGCAGCAGCCAAAGCUGCUGGAAUGAAGUGUAUCAUAACAAAGAGCGGCUAUACAGCCGAGGAAGACUUUUUAAAUGCAGAUGCAGUCUUUGACUGUAUUGGAGAUCCUCCAGAGGAACGGUUUGACUUGGUGUUUUGUGGAAGCCUCCUUGAGAAGCAAUAUGUUAGCUAGAUCCUAGAUGUGUAAUUUCCUGUUAGCAAUAUAUAUAUUUUUUAAAUGUUAAGAUGUAUGCUCCUUCUAAAUCAUGUUUUAAGAUAAAACAUCUAUAUCUAUAAAUAGCAUCUGUUUGGGACUA